AGAUGGUGGGCGUGCCACACGUAUGGCGGAAGAGCAGGUGCAACACCAAAUCCAGCAGCAUUAUCACAACAAACGUUAUCAACACUGAAGGAAAGGCUGCCGAGACUGCAGUGCGCCUUCUGAUACAGGAACAUAACCGUUAAUCGUUUUGUUGUCGGUAAGUCUGGAGGCCCGUCGACAUGGCUCUGAACCAGAACCACUCGGAGUCCGGCGGCGGAGUCAUCAUCAACAAUAGUGAAAGUGUGUUGAUGAACUAUGAUAACGUGGAGCUGGUUUUCUGUGAUGCGGACAGUCUGCCUGAAGCCUUCAGAAAGAGCAAGAAGGGCAGCAUCUACCUAACUCCAUACAGGGUGAUCUUUGUGGCUAAAGGGCGGGAUGCGCUGCAGUCUUUCAUGAUGCCCUUCUACCUAAUAAAGGGCUGUGAGGUCAAACAACCUGUAUUGGGAGCCAAUUACAUCAAGGGUACUGUCAAUGCAGAGCCCGGAGGUGGCUGGGAGGGCAGUGCUAUGUUCAAGCUCAUCUUCGCUGCUGGAGGAGCUAUAGAGUUUGGCCAGUACAUGUUGCAGGUCGCUGCUCAGGCGUCAAGAGGUCAGCCAGUAACUCCUGGGUUUGGUGGGUGCCCCUACAUGGCCAACGGGGCCUAUUCUUACCCUCCUCCCCCUACUAACGGGAUGUACCCUGCUGGACCUCCACCUGGCUACUCCUACCCCAACCCUCCUCCACCAGAUGGAUACUAUCCCAACCCUCCAGCGUUUGAUGCUUCAGCGGCCUACAUACCUCCGCCUCCUUAUUCUGCUCCUCUAGGUCAGCAGCCCCCACACGACCCCGACCUCCCCUCCUCAGCAGCAGCGGAGGCCAAAGCAGCCGAGGCAGCAGCAAGCGCCAGCUGUGCCACGCUGCCUCCUACACAUGUGUACCUGCCACAGGACAAGCCCCCUCCCUACUCCCCUCCAGAAGACAAGAAGAACCAGUAGAUCUGCUUGAUCUCACCCUCAUUCCUCUCCGUCUAAUGUUCUCUCUAUUCUACCGGAUCACCUCAAUUAAUUAACUCGACAUCAGGAAGGCCAAGGUUUUCCUCUUUUAACUUUCUUUUCCAUCUUCCUAGUCCCCUUCUAACACAUUCCUUUUGGUUUCCCCUUUCUCAUUCCAUUGCUUUUCCACCUCAGCCCAUACCUUUUACAUAAUUCAUAUACCACGUUGUAAUCUGUUUCAUUUUCUUCAGAAGCACCUGGUAAAGGUGAUGGAAAUGAAAAGUAUUUGUAGCGAUCUUUGAGAGAAACGAGACGGUUGUUUAGGUCAAAGUUGUCAGGAUUUGUUUAGUUUUUUCCGAUGUGGUUGACAAUAACUUUGUAACCUGAUUAGCUAAUUCAACAUUUAAUGCCUUGCAGGUGACCCAAGAUCCCCACUGCCACCCUAAACUUCAGUUAUGUUUUGACACUCACAUAUAAUUUUCUACGACUGUCUAUUAAACUAGACUGAAUCUAAAGAUGUUACUUACUUUGCUAAUCUAUUCAGAGACAAGCUGAAUGCAGUGUUUUAUUUUUCUAUUAUUUGUGUGUACAGGCUUUUAAUAUGUAGACUUUUAAAAUGAGAUAUUUUCUCACAACACUAACCUAGAGAAAAACUAGCUUUUGUAAAGUGAGCGAUUGCAGUGUGGCCUGGUCUGCUUUGACAUGUUUUAGUGGAUGAGAGAACCAUAGAGAUUUAGAGCAGCGUUGAGCCCCCGCAGUAAAUCCCUGAUCCUAGAUUAGAGCAGAGAGUGUGGGGCGUACUGCCAGGGAGGGAUUAUCUUUGUAAUGUGCAAAAGCAGAGCAG